AUGGACAGGGAUCUAGAAGAAAUUAUUGAGAAGAAUGUCAACUUAUACCAACUCCUUGACAUCACCCCCUAUGAGGAAGCCACCAAUACCAAGUUAGAUAUACCGUCGGCGCUUGUUAAGCGACAGUACCGCCAAAAGGCGUUAUUGCAUCAUCCCGACAAACAGGCCCAAACGAGCAGCACGCGAGAAUUGGAAGAGAAUGCUGUGCAGUUUCACUUUGCCAGUCUUGCCUUGAAGAUUUUGACCGACACGGAACUCAAGGCCCGGUACGAUUCGUUCUACAACCGAAAGUUCCGCUCGUUCCAGUUGAGUGCCAACGACCGGGCUAAGUACAAUGAGAAGCAACAGGGCUUUAAAGAGGCAUUACAACGCGAAGAGGCAGACUACAACUCGUACCAGAGCGAGUGGCACCUGAAACAAGUGUUUGAAAAUCGCUUGAACCAGCUCAGGGAGGAGGGGUUGCGGAAGAGAAGAGCGAUGGAAAAGGAGAUUAUGCUGGCAAAAAGAACCCUCAGUGGAGCAGUUUUACUGGAUGAUAUGCCACUCCCACCGAUCGCUGUAUCGGCCAAAUCUGAAGCUGAUCGAGAAGCCCGGACGGUUAAGAUCAAGUGGCUGCACCGCGAAGAGUUGAAAUCGUUAAUCACCCCUGAUAUCAUUAAAGACAUGUUUUCCAAGUUUGGUGCCGUUGACAGUUGUGCCCUUCUGUCCGGGUCUUCAAAGCGCGGUACGGCGCGCUUGGUGUUUAGUGACGUUCAAUCGGCCGCGAAAGCCGUGCGGUACGAUUACCUGGAAGGGAACCGUGGGUCCCAGAGUUUGUGGUUCAACACAUCGUACAAGAAGAUAUCCUCCUUGCUCCGAGAUUGUAAAUUUGUCAAGGAGGAACUAACGCCUGAAGUACAAGACCACAGUAACACAAAGCCUGCGAGCAAAACAAAGCCUGUGAGCAAAACAAAGCCUACGAGCUCUACAGCCCGGUCAUUCGUCCCAUUCUUCAAUAAACAGAAGUACGAGAGGCAACUAAAUAGUCGCAGUCAGAUAGAGGACGCGGAAAUUUUUACCUCCGAUGCCGCCCUUUCGUUCGACCAGUAUCUCGCAAAGACGAUGCAGAGGGCUGCGGUUUUCAAUAAAUAG